UACUUUUAUUCCCUUGGAUUUUUUGUUUUUUUGUGGAUCAUGGAAUACAAGAUCAAAAGAAGAGACAAAAACUGGUCAAAUGUAUCUUCUACCAAAAUUUCAUCAGCUCACUGGCCUUUUAGAUAUUGUGAUAUCGUAGAAGUACAAUCAUGUAAGGAAAUUUUUGGAACAGAAUUAUGGAACCAAAUACAGGCUAAAGAUACAUUACAUUGUAUACACUCAUGGAAUAGAACACAGAUGGUGAAAAGCCGACAGAUGGUAUCCAGUCGUAAAUUCAACUAUGGAAAUUCUCAUGAUCAAGCUAAAACCCUUUUCAAUGUUUUUCUUUUGAAACAUUUUGAAGAAAUUUUUGUCUCGCAACAAGGUGUUAGCUUACCACCAUUUGAGAUAUAUGUAGCUCCUGGUUGUUAUGUAGAAUAUAAACCAAAGGUUGAUAUUUGUUUAUUGGACCAAACUAGUGAUAGAACUAUGUGCCUGAACAUAAUUGAAAAUUGUUCAAAGCAGAGUAUUGAAGAUAGUAUGUACCAGACAAUGUUUUGCACAUUAAGUGGAUGUAGCUCGACAGCCUACUGCUUUGUGAUAAAAGAAAACUUUGGAGGAUGUUUCAAGGUGUAUGCUGGGAAGGUUGAAUGGCCGCCAGAGAUGUUACAAAUGUUGAUGAUUUGUGGUAGUGAUGUAUCUAGACAAUUAGGAUUUAAUCAUCGCAUUCAUUCUCGACCAAUAAGUGCAAAAUAUGCAUACCUAGGAACAAUAAAUACAAAUGAACACGAUUGUCCAACAAUGGCUCUGUUUCUAAAUACAAAAGAAUCACUGUCAUCAAUUGAUAAGCCUCGUUUUCUACCUCUAACUCAAAGUAUGCAAAGUAUUGUGGACAAAAGAAAAACAACACACAAUCAUAUCUCAAAAUGUAUACUUGAUAGAGAAAAAGGGUGCAAUGACAGAUUUGAAGAAAGUGCAUCAAUAAGUUAGAAAACGGAUUUAAUUUCAAAUUAACCAACCUUGCAGAGGAAGCAGCUGUUACGCCAUUUAUCUUAUCAGUUUAAUUGGUCUACAGUAACCAUGCAUUAUGCAGUCUUUGGCAGAUGGUUACCAUUUGGUCAUAAUGCAUUGUAGUACAUCAGUUAUUUACUUUCCACACUUUUUAAAGAACAUUUAUACAUGCCUUGUGAUUUGACAUCUUGUCCUGGUGCAUACAUAGAUUUAUAUUACUAAUGGUAUACAUAUAUAUGAAAAUUCAAAGAGCAUGCUGAAUUGCUGUUCAUAUUUUA